GCCUCUGGCCUGACAGGCAUAGAAGUUGGAGCUGGACAGUGGCUGUACAUUCUGGUAGCUCUUGUGGAGACGAUGCAUCCAAAAGCCAGCUCCUCAAACUUAGAUCUUAAUUACUCUUAACGGGGAUAACUAGAGUUUUCUUUCUCAAAUUAAACGUUUGAGAAAUUCCUGAUAAGAUGUACUGUUCCCUAAAGUUUAUAUUAAUUGUAAUUUUUUUUUACUGCGGGCAUUCAUCGAACAUGGAAGACUUAGAGGGUAAUAAAGCCAACUCUUCUAAAGUCAACACGAUAAUUAUGUUCUGCAUUGGUGGCGGUAUCCUGAUGGCCAUUCUUGUGCUGAUGGGUGUUGUCAUCGGUCUUUACCACAAAAUAUCCAACGCAUUAAAACCUCCAAAGUCACCUCUUUGUUUGGCCUUAAAAAAUAAUCCAGCCAUACUCACUCAGGACAAGGUCGCUGCAGCCGCCCUCUCCGCUGGGUCUUAUCCCAACCUCCAAUGCUGUGACGAAUGUAGCUUGUAUGCUGACUUCGAUCCCCUGCCACCGUGCUUCUGUGAUGUAAAUGAGGGACUCUGACUUGGGUGGGCACAAAUAUAUUCAUGCAUAGUA